AAAUGGAAAAAACAUCCUUUCUGCUCUACCAUGUUUCCCAGAACCGUUCAUCCAAACGCUAUUUCUUCUACUUGCCAAUGACUUCGGCCUUCACAACCUUUUUUCUCAUUUUCAUUUACAUAGCAACCACUUCUAAAUUCUUCCAUACUGUUAAAACAACUAUUUACAUUGAAUCUGAAGAAGAAAGGCCUUCACCACUUUCCUAUCAAAACAUCCCAAUUUCUAUUGACAACAAUGCAGAGGACUUCUUCUUUGAUACCCUCAAGUUUAAUGCCAACUUUUCAAAGGACACCCAAUGGUCUAUAGCAAAUCUAUUUGGCUCUGUAGGCAACUAUGUGAACAACAAAGAGAAUGUCUUCCAUGACAGUGAAACCUUCCUGGAAGACUACAAGCACAUGAACAAAAGCUUCAAGAUUUAUGUUUAUCCCUACAACAAAAACGACCCAUUUGCAAAUAUACUGUUACCAGUCGAUUACCAGCCAAAAGGAAGCUAUGCCAGUGAACUUUACUUCAAGAAAAUACUGAUGCACAGUCACUUCAUCACCAAUGAUCCAACAGAAGCAGAUCUCUUCUUCAUGCCUUUUUCCAUUGUCGAAAUGCGCCAUGAUCUGAGAAUUGGAGUAGAAGGGAUCAAAGAUUUUGUGAAGAACUAUGUAGUGAACAUCAGCCAGACUUAUCCUUACUGGAACCGAACAGGCGGUGCUGAUCAUUUUUAUGUUGCUUGUCAUUCAUCCAGUAGAUCAGCCAUGGAGAAAAUCAACGAGGUGCAGUUCAAUUCCAUCCAAGUUGUAUGCUCUUCCAGUUAUUUCCUUUCAGGUUAUGUCGCUCACAAGGAUGCUUCCUUGCCCCAAAUUUGGCCUAGACCUGGAGAUCCCCCCGAAUCUUCAUACAUCAGAAAGCAAUUAGCAUUCUUCGCCGGACAAAUCAACUCGCCAGUGCGGGCAGCUCUGGUAAAAAUAUGGAGAAAUGACACGGACAUAUUUGCUCACUUCGGGCGGUUCAAAAAACCAUAUGGAUACCAGCUAAUGAGGAGCAAGUUCUGCCUGCACGUAAAAGUGUUUGAAGUGAACACAGCUCAUAUUUCCGACGCUCUGUACUACGGCUGUGUUCCGAUCAUCAUCGCCGACCGCCAUGAUCUCCCGUUUGCAGACAUUUUAAACUGGAACAGCUUCUCUGUUGUGGUUGCGGCGGUGGACAUUCCUGUACUGAAGAGAGUGCUUCAGAGAAUAAGCUUUGAUGAGUAUUCAUGGCUGCAGAGUAAUGUGCUCAAGGUGAGGAAACAUUUCAAGUGGAAUGACCCUCCGGUUGACCACGACGCUUUUUAUAUCACCAUGUAUGAGCUGUGGUUGCGGAGGAGUUCGGUUAGGGUUCCGUUGAUGAGGGUUUAGUACUAGACGGAAAGUUGACGACGGUGCUUUUUGGGUAUUUUUUUUUUCUGUAUUUAGAAAAAAUAAUAUGUUUGUUAAUUUAU